AUGUGUGUGUGAGUGUGUGUGUGAUUUGUCGAUCGACUGGAAGGACCGGUACGGUGCCAGGUUCAGGUCGGCUUCGCCGGAGAAAUGUCGGUCCCAGCGUCAACGCGAAGCCCUACUGGCGAUGGAAUUCGGAGGAACACAUUUCCCCUGCGGUGUCCGCUUCCUUCCCCGCCAGCGAGUUGGACGAUGGCUUGAAACUCUACAAUGUUGAUCUCGUAUCCUAAAUCUCAGUUACACUCAGAUACUCAAGAUGAACAGAUUCAUCCUACUUUGCUCCAUCAUUGGAGUGUGCCUUGCUAAAGACGGCGAGGAAGAGCCCGGCUUCCAAGGACCAAGCUUCGAGUUCACUUGUCCUGAGCCCAACGGCCGAUUCAGAGACGAAGAGCAAUGUGAUCUAUACUACUCCUGUGUUGAUGGAGUGGCCAAGGCUGAGCUUUGCGAGGACGGCUACUUCUUCAACGAUGCCCUACGCAAUCACGAGUCUUGUCAAUUGGGCUUGAAGGACUGCGGCGAUCGGAUUUACGUCCAAGAGCCCGAUCCGGAGCGGGACCCACGAUGCGGCCGUGCCAACGGUUUCUUCGAACACGAGGACCCCAAUGUCUGUGACAAGUUCUACCUCUGCAGCAAAGGUGUUGCCCAUGAAAUGCCCUGCAACCCGGGCCUUGUCUUCGAUAUUGCGUCCUCGACUUGUGUAUUCCCGGAUGGAGUCAGCAUUGAUGCUCGCGUCUGCGCCAAGGACACCAGGACCUUUGAAGAGGGAGGCGAAUUUCAGUGUCCUAAAGAGGAGCAGUUCCUCCAAGGUGUCAGAUCAGCGCAUCCCGUCUACGCUCAUCCUUCUGAUUGUCGAUUUUUCUUCUCUUGCUUUGAUGGCAAGACUCCUCAAAAGUUCGGAUGCAGUGAGUCUCAAGCCUUUGAUGACAACACCAAGACCUGCAAGGGCGUGGAUGAGGUCCCCGAAUGCGCCUGUUGGUACGGCUGUAAAGAGGACUCUCAAUGUCCCGAUUCCUGUAACGCGGAUUGUUCCUGCCCAACUGCUUAAAAGAAGUUUGAUGUCGUUGCUUACUGCCUAAUGCUCAUGAACGCUAAACAACGAUUCAAUACUGGAUCUCCUGACGGGCUUCAUCACAUCGGGACUGGUUCCACUAGAGGAAGAAGAAAAUAAAACUCAAUCACCGUCCCCUGAUUCCUACGAGACAUUUCGUUCUCUGUAAUUUGUUAUUUAUUGAACCCAUAACAGCGAAUAAAACCUAGCAACGUUGAUCGUUGCUAAACCCAA